UGGUGAGCCUGGGUUCAAAUUUUCAACGGCACUGAAUGAAUCCCGCGGCGGUUCUUGCGGGCGCUGCGCCGUUGCAGCUGAGAAGAGGUUCUUGAUAAGAAGUACUUGCUAGAUUUCAAGAUUUCAGAAGACAAGUGAAAGUAUAUUGCAACUUUGAUUGAACCGACAUAUUAUACUACAGGGUGAGAGGGAAGAACAAUAUGGGAAGAACACUGUGCUGAAAUCAGGGGCCUCAGUUCUAGAUCUAAUUCUGCCUUACAUAACUGCAAUAUUGGGUAGGGACAAUGUCUUACUCCUAUGAUGCUCCCACGGACUUCAUCAAUUUUACAUCUUUGAAUGAUGAGGAAGAUCCCCAAAACAUAGAUUCUUGGUUUGAAGAGAAGGCCAAUUUGGAGAAUAAGUUUCUUGGGAAGAAUGGGCCAGGGCCUUUUCAGGAUAAAACUCCAAUGAGAAAAGCAAAUCCUCAGCAAGCUAUUGUCACACCUUUGAGACCAGUUAACAACACUUACUACAAAGAGUCAGAAAAAGAAAAUCUGGUGCAACAGUCCAUUCCCUCAAAUGCUUGUUCUGCCCUGGAAGUCAAGGGAACCACCUCAAGAAAUACUCCAUCCCAGCCUCAGAGACGAUCUGUUAGACUCUCUGCUCAGAAAGAUUUGGCACAGAAAGAAAAACACCAUGUGAAAACGAAAGCCAAGAGAUGCGCUACUCCUGUAAUCAUCAGUGAAACUCCACCCUCCAAAAGAAUGAAAGUUUCUGACCAUCAAAAGAAGGCCGAAGUAGAGGAAGAUGGCAGUGUUCAUCAGGAUACUUCUGGAAACAAUGACUCUUCCCCAGAGAAAGCCAAGGGCAGACAUACUGUGCCUUGUAUACCACCUGCAAGGCAGAAGGUUCUAAAAAGUACUGAGGAGCAAGAGUUGGAGAAGAGCAUAAAAAUGCAGCAGGAGGUGGCGGAGAUGCGGAGGAAGAAUGAAGCGUUCAAGAAGCUGGCUCUCGCAGGAGCAGGACAACCUGUCAAGAAACCAGUAAGCCAGGUAACCAAAUCAGUCAACUUCCACUUCCGCACAGAUGAGCGAAUCAAACAACAGCCUAAGAGCCAGGAGGAGUAUAAGGAAGUGAACUUUUCAUCUGAGCUGCGAAAGCAUCCUCCAUCUCCUGCCAGAGUGGCUAAGGGAUGCACCAUUAUAAAGCCUUUCAACCUGUCCCAAGGAAAGAAAAGAAAAUUUGAUGAAACAUCUCCAUAUGUACCUAUUGCACAGCAGGUCGAAGCCUUCUAUAAAAGAACCCCUAACAGAUAUCACUUGAGGAGCAAGAAGGAUGAUAUUAAUCUGUUACCCUCCAAACCUGCUGUGGCCAAGAUUUCCAGAGACCCACAGACUCCUGUGUUGCAAACUAAACAGCGCACAAGGCCUGUGACCUGCAAAAGUGCAGCGGAUCAGGAGGCUGAGGAGCUGGAGAAACUACAGCAAUAUAAAUUCAAAGCACGGGAACUGGAUCCCAGAAUUCUUGAAGGUGGGCCCAUCUUGCCCAAGAAACCACCUGUGAAGCCACCCACUCAGCCUAUUGGCUUUGAUUUGGAAAUUGAGAAAAGAAUCCAGGAGCGUGAGUCAAAGAAGAAAUCAGAGGAUGAACACUUUGAAUUUCAUUCCAGACCUUGUCCGACUAAGAUCUUGGAAGAUGUUGUGGGUGUUCCUGAAAAGAAAGUACUUCCAAUCACUGUCCCCAAAUCACCGGCCUUUGCAUUAAAGAACAGAAUCCGAAUGCCCACCAACGAUGAGGAAGAGGAGCCAGUAGUGAUAAGAAGAGCUCAACCUCCACCACAUUUUGGGGUGCCUUUUAAGCCCCAUAUCCCAGAAACAAAAACUGUGGAAAUAUGCCCUUUCUCUUUUGAUUCUCGAGACAAAGAACGUCAGUUACAGAAGGAGAAGAAAAUAAAAGAACUGCAGAAAGGGGAGGUGCCCAAGUUCAAGGCGCUUCUUUUGCCUGAUUUUGACACCAUUAACCUGCCAGAGAAGAAGGUGAAGAGUGCAACCCAGAUUGAGCCUUUCUGUCUGGAGACUGACAAAAGAGGUGCUAUGAAGGCAGAGACUUGGAAGCACCAGCUGGAGGAAGAACUGAAACAGCAGAAAGAAGCAACUUGCUUCAAGGCUCGUCCAAACACCGUCAUCUUCCAGGAGCCCUUUGUUCCCAAGAAAGAGAAAAAAUCCCUAACCGAGGGCCUUUCUGGUUCUCUAGUUCAGGAACCUUUUCAGCUGGCCACUGAGAAGAGAGCCAAGGAGCGGCAAGAGAUGGAGAAGAAAAUGGCUGAGGUAGAAGCCCAGAAAGCCCAGCAGCUGGAGGAGGCCAGGCAGCAGGAGGAAGAGCAGCAGAGGAAGGAGCUGGCCAGGCUACGGAAAGAACUGGUGCACAAGGCAAACCCAAUACGCAAGUACCAGGGUGUGGAGAUAAAGUCAAGUGACCAGCCUCUGACUGUGCCUGUAUCUCCCAAGUUCUCCACUCGAUUCCACUGCUGAACUCGACUGUGAGCUGCAGACACCACCUGGGAACAGGAGCUGCUUUUUCCAUCAAGCCAGGAGCCUUCUUUCUUUUUCCCAGGGGCAUGGAACUUUUCUCCGGGGGCCAUGGAGAGAACCCAUUUCUUCAGACUUUUACCUCCCCGUGCCCAACAGAGCCUACCUAACAAGUGUGGACUCUCGUUUUGUUGAGAACUGUUAUCCUGCAUUAUUGAAGCUAAUAAUGAGACUCAACUCAUAUAUAUCUCGAUCAGACUCCAUGUAGUUAUUUCCUUUGAACCAUCAGUUGACUUUUAAAAUGGGUUUUAACUUUGACCAGAAUUUAAAGUCUUUAUAUCAGCACUAUGUAAUUUCUACUCCCCCUCCCCCCCAUUUUAAAUCAGAAAAUAAAGAUAAAUACUGAGAUAGGAUUUAAGUCAUGGCUUCAAUGAGGAGCAGUCAGUAUAUCAGAUUUUUUCCUCUUUGCAUAGAAUGAAUAUAGAGUUAAGGAGCCCUUUGCUACGAGGGGAAGCCUCAUUAACUGCACGUCGAGGAAGAAGGCCUCCUGGGCUGCUGGAAGCUCACAGCAGCCGUCGGCAAGCUCCCGGCAGAGCUGCUGCUAAGGCACAUUCUUCCCUUAUCGUGCUGAUAACAGGAAUGCCAUGCAUCCCAGGGUUUAAGUCUUCCAGUAACCUGGACUGCAGUAAAUAUGUUUGUCUUCCCCUCCUUGUUUUUGUUAUUUGAUGUUUUAAAAUUUGUCAAGCCCCUCUGGAGGUGCCAUCUUGUUGCCAAAAUGGGUAUUUUGAGAGGAGUGUCCCGGAACUUUUUAAAGCAUAGGUUCUGUCUCUAAAGGAAAGUGCUUUGUACCUUUUUUCUGUCUUAUGUCAGAAUACCCUUCCACAUUUGUUGACUUCCUCCUAGGAACCACUCUGGAAGGCCUUCCAAUGUUAUGCCUUCGCACAGAGUGCCUUCCCUCAAUGUGCUCUUUCUCAUCUGGUGAACUCUUCCUAUAAGACAGCUCAAGUAACAUCUUUUUUAUAACUCCUUCCUUGACCAUCUGACCUCCUUAGCUAAGGAUGAUCACUUCUUUUGUGGCACCUCCCAAAUGUUUCUUGUGUGUGUCUCCAAUACAGCAGUUACACCACUGAGUUAUUUGCACUUGUUUACAAACUAGUAAAGUCACGUCUAUCUAAGAUUAUCUUAGUAUCUCUGUAUUUCUUGUAGCUGACACAGAACUUGCUUGGUCCAUGUUAAAUAGUAUAUUUUCUUUUAGACUUGACAUUAUUUAUGAACUCUGCUCUAUAACAGUCAUAUUCUGCCCUGGCCAGUCCUGGGCACCAUAUAUAAUAUUAAACCUAUUUGAUAUUC